UUCACCAUAACCACCAUUCCCGUCGAGCCACUUGCCUACAUAAACCUCCUCAUAAUCAAAUCUCUCUCUGACUGUCUCUGCUCCAUUUGCUUGCCCUGCUUCUCCCCAUCCUCUGCUGUCGGAACUCCGAGUCGCUUCCCUCAACCUCAGCUCUGAUCUUCGCCUCGCAGUUCAGCGUCCGCUCCGUCUCGAAACGCCUGCAAUGGCCGUUCCCGUAAAUGGGUCGGCCCUAAGCCCGACCCUUCUCAGACCACGACCCGCCAAGCUCUGUUCUUGCUCCUCUGCGGUCGCCGGUAGCAGGGUGUUGCUCUUGGGCAGGAACAAGAAUGUGAAGUGGCUGACAGUACCUCCUCUCUCAAAGUGCCCGACUUUCAGAGUAUCGAGCUUCCGAGAGGGUGAUGGAGAAGUCUUCGAAACCACCAGCUCUAAGGACAAACCAGAUGGGCUAGAUGGGGUUGAUAACGAGAUUUUCCAAAUUAAGCGAGAGAUGCUCAACAAUGGAGGGAAUUCAUUUCUCGUGAAAUUAGCAAUUGCCAUUGGUUUAGCAGCUAUAAUAACUGUAAUAUCUUUAGUCAAGCAGAAUACUCUUGGGGCCACUCUCGGGUUUAAGGUUCUAGCAGAAAACUCAGCCUCUCAGCUAGUGGCGUCACCUCCUGCCAGUUUUAGUUUUAAAGCUUUUGGUUACAAAGUUUUUAUCCCGGAGUAUGCACCAGGAUGGGUCUACUUUUGGCUGCUAAUGGCAGCAGGCUCUGGACUUUUUAUCAGUGAAGAGGCUUUAAAUAUUUGGGUUGGUAUCACUUUGUCUCGGAUGCUAUCUCUUGAUGGGACAUGGCAAUCAUUCGCUGAAUCUUUCUCCAGAAAUACUCCUUAUAUUCUGUCAACAGUUAUCUGGGUAUACUGGGGAGUUUGCAUCAGUGAUAUGAUACCAUUUUAUCUUGGAAAGGCUUUUACACAAUCAGGAGCAUCAGAUGAUGUUUGCUCUAAGUUAGGCAUAGGAAGAGAGAAGGCUGUAAAUAUAACUCAAGCUGUACAGAAAUAUGGCAAUCUCAUAGGUUUUGUGGAACGAUUUUCACUGGGAGUGAGAAAUCCAACGGCUUUCCUUGCAGGGGCCCUGGGAAUAUCUCCAGAAUUCUUUUUUGCCGGAGUCUGCUGUGGAGGAUUGGUCACUCUUCCAGUGCAGUUGCUUAUAGGAUUCUUGCUAAGGGAACGCCCACUAUUUGCUCUGGCUACUGUUGCAACUGCCGUGGGAAUUUGGACCAUCUUCCCAUAUGCGAUAGCCGCGUUUACAGCACUGUUUCUCUUCCUGCGACACCGCUACUCAACAUAGUUUGCUGCUGGAACCACACUACCAGCACGGGCUUACGGAUUACAGAGGAGUAUAGUUGCUUCAUUAUAUUUCGAUGGUAAUCGCAACAAUUUGUUUGAUCACCAUCCUCAUGAACUCCUUGUAAUAGAUUUGAGACAAAUUGUCCUACUGUUGCUUAUCCUAUUAAUAGAAAAAUUGUUUGUAGCACUAGCAUAAUUAGAUGCGGGAGGAGAAACGAGUUGCAACAAUAGGAGCUUCGGAUUGUGAUUAAUUCGGCCUCGAACCUUGCCUUAUACAAAUCACAAGCAGCCUUGCAACUAAAGGAUCAGAAUU